AUGGCGGCAGUAUCCGGCGCACAAAUCUCAACCUACGUUUACAAGUCGGUGGAUGACCUCGAGCUUACCUUGGAUGUCUUUCAUCCACCAAAACUGUCAGUAGAAACAUCUGGCACCGGUCCUCGAACGGCAUUGAUCCAUUACCAUAGAGGAUUUCUUAUGAUCGGAGAAAAAACCACCUUUCCUCCCUCCUGGCUCAUCAACGGCUGUUUGCGUCGCGGCUGGCUCUACAUUACCCCUUCCUACCGCUUACUACCCGAAGUGCGCGGCCUCGAUGUCGUUGCUGAUGCCCUGGAUUCUGCGACUUGGGUGGCAAGAAAUCUCGCUGAACGCCUAAUAGUGGCAGGCUCCAGUGCAGGAGGCUAUCUGGCAUUAUUCGUUGCUACUCAAUUAACUACACCCAGCCCUCUUGCUUUCUUGUCAAUUUACGGCAUGCUCGACCUGACCGAUUCUCGUUACAUCGAGCCGGGCACCACUCUUAUGGGACUCCCCCCACUAUCUGACACCAGCACGAUUCUUCGUGAGAUGAGUGCAGCAAAGGACAACAAGGCGCUGGAUAGCUAUCCUUUCCCGGAAAAUCCGUCUUCGGACAAACGCAUGUUGUGGAUAGCCACUUCCCACCAGGAAGCACUCUAUCCAGACCUUCUAACAGACCGUUCCGGCCUCUCUGCGUCGAUUCGCCAGAGUGGUAUCGGGGCCAUUCCCGCCGAACAUCAUAAGCUGUUCCCUGCCGCAUUUGGGCUGCGGAAAGGCUUUCCCCCAGCAGCCUUCCUACAUGGAGACAAAGAUGAUGCCGUUGGCGUUAAUCAGAGUGUUCAGCUCGCGGAAGUACUAGAUGGACUCGGGGUAAAGGUCAUGUGUGAGAUUGUGACAGAAAAGGGCCAUGGAUUCGACGUCAUGGAAAUAGCCGCAGAGGUUGAUGUUGAGAAGAAGACAGCUACCGAAGAACCGGUGUACCGAAGUGUGCGGAAGAUAUUGCAGUUUCUGGGUAAUGAACUCAAUUGAUGUUGCC